CGCCUAGAGAGGGCGUAACACUCAGAUAGUGAGCGAGUCUUCCUGCUUAUCUGUUCUUCUACAACAGGAAGGUUUAAUACAUACCAGUUUUAAAGAGCGUGAGUGUGUUCACCCAUAUUCCUGUCUCCUGCUAAGGUCCAGGACGAUGGUGGAAACAUUAAAUGAAUUAUCCCAGCUGAGAGACUCUGGGUUCGGCCGACCCUGGCCCAGACACGGACUCAAGCUCCUCUACUGGUUCGCCAAAGACUGUGUUUCUUUGGGCGAUGACAACGUCAUGCUCUGUGAAUAUGAACCAGCCGACGGAUAUUUCGGUUUUCACUCAUUUGAGAAAAGAAAUUAUGGUAAUAAACUUCUUCCAGAUGAAUAUCACCCUUACUAUGUGGUUGGAAAUCUGAACACAAAAAAAUACCCAAAAGCUAAAGACCUUCCUAAAUACGUCUCAGAAGACUACUCUUCAAACCAGCUCGACAGCAACACGGACCGCGUCAUCGUCAGUCUCAACGGUUGGGAGUUGGAAAGAGUUUAUGUGACUCAACACCACGACCGCUCAAACUACGACCCAAACGCCACUCACCGGAUCUCCAGAGGCCUUCUCAUGAUCAUCAGGGAGAUGAGUUUAGAUACGUUUCUGGAGAAGAUGAAAUAUGCACAGCCCGUCUCACCACCAACCAUCGAUAACAGACCUGCAACUACAAACACAGAGAGUCAGGAUUCCACUGCGGUCACUAUACCAUCCAGCGAUUCAGACGACAGUGAGCCUCCUGAAACACAGGGACUCUUAACAUCUACACAAAACCCCUCAGAGAACCUACGCAGGGAAGAGGGAUUCUGGGAGAAAUUCUGCACCAUACUUUAAAACAAACGAUCUUCGUCUUGUCUGUAAUGCUCCACAGAAUGUGUGUUAAUGUGAUUUUGGUUGAACUCACUGGACAAUUUCUCUUUCCCUCGACUACAAAGACAGAAGCAAACAAUGAAUAUUAAAAAUAUUCACUCUCUCUUGCCACCACAAAGAUUGAUGUGAAAUGAAUUUGGGUCUCAUCAGAGCCGAGUGUUUUCUGCUGAGCUUUAGUAAUAUCAUUCUCCUACAGAACAAAAAAUGUGUACAAACUUAAUUGUACAGUUAAACUGAUAAACAAUAAUAUUACUGGUAUUCGAGGCCAAAGACGAAACCUUCUCGUGUUAACUAAUGUGGUUACUUACUAAUAUUGACAAAUAUCGUAAAGCUUUUCGUGAGAUUCAAAGAUUUUAGUGAUUGGUGGAAACAUAAAGAAAAAAGGCAACUGAGAUCAACAGUGCUCAAUGACUCUGAAAAUAUGAAAAAUCAAUAAAUAAUGCUCGAAAAGAAGAUCAGACAUACAAACUGUUCAAUUCUAUGUAAUUAAAUGUGUGUGUUGUCAUAACAUUAAAGCACUGCGGAAGAUGUCCGUGAGCAUUCAUCAGUUUCAGUUGUGCACAUGCUACUGGAACACACUUGGAAAGUUAUUAUAAGUUAUUUUUAUAUGACUGACAUCCCACUACUGUAUAAUGCAUCACAUGGCAUCAAUGAUGUAGUGUAGAGAUGUAUUAUGUAAUCUGUAAAGCUGCUUUCAAACAAUAUGCAUUGUGAAAAUACAAAUACAUGGAAUUUAUUGUGCAUGUAGUUAAGCUAAAUCAAUGUGUUUAUAAGAUUAUUAUUUCUGUAUACUUUAGAUGUGUGAAACAUUUUAAUGUACUACAAUAUACAUGCCUCUAUUAAAACAUGUACAUGGUGUCUUUAGGUAUAAAAAUAGUGGCAAUUCAAAUUAAUGUAAAGAUGUAUAUUUCAAUGACAAUGGAAGGUUAUUCCAGUUCAUGGGAGUUUUAAAAUAAAAUGCUCUUCUUCCAA